UCCUGACCAUCCAACACUUGGAUACAAACUUGGAAACUAGUGAUUGGUUGGCGAUAAGGCUACCAACUUAUAUUCCUUGUCAUGUACUUACAGCAACAGUCCACCAAAAUAGCUGUCAAAGAUCUCCAUGAAAAAGUUAAACAUAGUGAAACCAACUACCGGUGCCGCAGAUUCAUUGAAAAAGGCCGACAGUACCAUUAUGGAUAUCUAGUCAAUGCCUUCGUUUCUUGAAGGUGGUGGUGUUUACUGAACUGGGUAUCUGAUUUGCGGUGCAUUAGAAUGGCAGAGGAAGGAUUACCUUUGUUGGGACACAGCAGGGAAGGGUCUGCAUCAAUUGCACAGGCCUUUGGCAACAUUAUUGUGUCUAUUGUUGGUACAGGUGUCCUGGGUCUUCCUUAUGCAUUCAAAAUCAGUGGAUGGGCAGCCAGUGCAUCAGCCAUAUUACUUUCAGCACUAUUGACAUAUUACUGUAUGAUGCUUCUGGUCAAAUGCAGGGACAAAGUAGAGCAGCUGAGUAAUGUAAGUAUAUUAACAUAUGGAGACCUUGCAAGGCACACUUAUGGAAAAAUUGGGUGUUAUGUAGCAGAGACAAUGGUAAUAAUUUCUCAAUGUGGAGGGUGCAUUGCCUAUUUGGUUUUUAUAGGCCAAAAUUUGUCCUCGGUUUUCACAGGAUCAGCUGACAAGUAUUCUUUUUUCAUAUGCAUAUUUGUUCCUGUGGAAAUUGCAUUAGCUUGGGUACGCACACUGACAUCACUCUCUCCCUUCAGUGUUUUUGCUGACAUCUGCAAUCUUUUGGCCAUAGCAAUUGUCAUCAAGGAUGAUUUGGGUUCAUUUCAAGGACUAGAGAAGGCAGAUGCCUUCACAAGCUAUCAGGCCUUGCCAUUUGUAGCUGGAGUGGCAGUGUUUUGCUUUGAGGGCUUCAGUAUGACAUUAUCACUGGAAACUUCAAUGAGAGAGCCACAGAGAUUUGGCAGUGUCCUGGGUUGUGCUUUUUUCUUCCUAGCUACUGUUUAUACUGGUUUUGGAUUGAUAGGCUAUUUGGCCUAUGGCAGUGAAACUCAAGACAUAAUAACUCUCAAUCUUCCCAAUGAUUGGUCUACAGUUGCUGUCAAGGUAGGUCUUUGCACAGCCCUUCUAUUCACAUUUCCUGUCAUGAUGCAUCCUGUUCAUGAAAUGUUCGAGAUGAAAUUGAUGAAAAGUAGCUGGUUCCAGAAACUUUCUUAUUCAUUCUCAUGGAUGCAAAUGGUACUGUUAAAGAUUCUUCGAGCUGGUACUGUUGUUAUUCUUGCAGUACUGGCUUUAUCUGUCCCUGGUUUUGGCAUCUUUGUCUCUUUAGUGGGAAGCACAGUUUGUGCUCUUCUUGCAUUUGUUUUUCCAGCGUUAAUUCACCUUAAAACCUUUAAAGGUUCUCUAAAUUCUGCACAGAAGGCCUUGGAUAUGGCCAUUUUAACCUUUGGAACGGUUUUUGCUGUCUAUGGCACAUACAGUACAUUUGUCGUAGUCAUAAAGGGUGUGAACUGAAAUCUGAGCUUUGGAUUUCAAAUAGACUAAAGCUUCAAAACUAAAAUUAAAUUGACUGCAAGUACUUUUCCAAGAUAUAAGUUUGUCUACAAACUUUUUGUAGAGAAACCUAUGCAAAGAGAUACUGCAGAUCAAGGACGGCAGUACUACUAUUUUCUGUAAGCUGCAUAUUUCUCAAGCUUGCAGGUUUGACAUUCAGUUGAUAAGUGCAUCUGAGCACAAACGUACUUGAAUAAUCACUUAUAAGCAAUCAUCAAGUGCUUAUUCAGUUUGAGAAAACUUGUACAUAAUACAUUCUUUCAUUGACUUCCAAUUUUGUGCAAGAUAACAGACUUAAAAUUGGCAUUUUUUCAGCCAACUUAAUAAUGGCAUAUUUAAGAGGACACUUAUGGUGAGUAUGCUGAAACUGCGGAUUCAUUUUGCAUUCUGUGUUUGGCACAAUCUGACGAAUGACUUUCAUUGAUCUUAUUUGUGAAGGCUUACAUAUAAUAUCUCUUUCAAGAUCGAUUGCAAAUGA